UUCUGUCUGCGACUAAGAAGGGAGGGGAUUCAGCAUCUGCCACGUCUGUACAGAAAGAGCUCAUUGGGACAGAGAGAGAGGAUGAAAAAUAUGAACGCUAGAAAGCAGGAAAACAUCUGAGUAAUUCGCAGUUAAGAGGGAAUAGUGUGAAAUCACUCGAAUGCAUAUUUAAUUGAAGAAGCUUAGCUUCCUUGCUUAAAUCGACUGUAGAAAUGAUCAUCAUGCAGCACCUCGGCUAGGCAACACUGUGCUCCGCUGUCCGAUUAGAGCGCGUCAAACAGAACCAUAGAACAACGACGCUGAUGGAUAGAAAUCUCACAGACUGUAUUGAUUUUAGUUACUUGUGCAUAAAUUGGUUUGGAUUCGGUUAUUCACUGUCACAUCUUUUUCAGAGAUUUUAUUCCAGUCUCUGGGAUCGAUGUGAAUAAGGCUCGCGUGUGCUUUUUAAAAAGUCGGGUUGGUGGUAUGAGCUCCUUGAUACGCUUUAGCUACCUCAGUAUCGUAUAGUUCUGGCUUUGUUUCCUUUAAUCUGCUUUAAAUAAUUUCUACUGGGAAAAGCAAAUACUGAGUUUGGAGAAAGAUGCGCGGGGUUUUGCCGGAAAUACUUAUUUGCCUGCGAAGAGAGUAACGCAGUAGUAGGUUAACGUCCGUGUCUUACUCAGUGGUGAACAGCUCCUGCUCCUCCUCCUCCUCCUCUGACCGGCAGUAGCGGGACAGAGGUUGUGGAAGUGUUUGUGUGGUCGACCGGCGUGCUGCUGCUUCAGGUUACAGUUUCGAUGCUUAGUGCAGGCAGAAUGCAAGAAUUUGAAACGGAGGAAGAGGAGCCAUGGUACGACCAGCAAGAUCUGGAGCAGGACCUGCAUCUGGCAGCAGAGUUGGGAAAGACCCUGCUGGAACGUAACAAGGAGCUGGAGGAUUCCCUGCAGCAGAUGUACAUCACCAACGAGGAACAAGUGCAGGAAAUUGAGUACCUGUCCAAGCAGCUGGAGAUGCUGCGGGAGAUGAACGAACAGCACGCCAAGGUGUAUGAGCAGCUGGACACGACUGCUCGCGAGCUCGAGCUCGCCAAUCAGGCUCUGGUCCUGGACGGCAAGGCUUCACAGCAGAAAAUACAGAGGUUGACAGGGACAAUCGAUGUGCUGCAGGGACAGGUGGAAGCGCUGACGGUGAAGGUGGAGGGGCUGCGGUCCCUGGAGCAGCUGAGGGUGCACCGCGAGAAGAGGGAACGGCGCAAGACCAUCCACUCCUUCCCCUGCCUCAAGGAGCUGUGCACCGCACCCAGUUAUGAGGACGGGUUCGUGGUGGGCAGCCCUGGGAGCGUGGGCUCGGAGGCAGACUGCCGGCCGCUGCAGGAGGAGAACGAGCGCCUGCGCGAGUCCGUGUCAUCCCUCCGCUCGGCGGUGCGUGUGGAGCGGGGCCGGCGCGAGGGCGCGGAGCGGGAGUGCGCAGCCAUCCUGCAGGAGUUCGCUCGCCUGGAGCAGCGGCUGCAAGGGGCCGAGGGCUGCCAGCUGCGCGUGCGGGAGCUGGAGGCCGAGCUGCAAGAGCUGCAGCAGCUGCGCAGGGCCCGCACCUUCCUGAUUGGUGGAGAGGACGGUCUGACACAGACGCUGCUCAACAGCACCCCCGAGACCGACACCCUGGAGGAAGAGGCGGCGCUGGGCGAGGAAGGCAGCGAGGCCGGCGAGGGGCAGUCCCUGCCGGCGUCCAGCCCGGUGCGGAAGAGCUGCAGCGACACGGCGCUGAACGCCAUCGUGGCCCGGGACGCGUCCGGGCGCAGGCGGGGGAGCUACGCCAUCCACGCCAACAGUGUGCGGAAGCGGGGAAUGUCCAUCCUGCGGGAGGUCGACGAGCAGUACCACGCCCUGCUGGAGAAGUACGAGGAGCUGCUGGGGAAGUGCAGGCGCCACGAGGAGAGCCUGCGGCAUGCAGAGGUGCAGACGUCCCGCCCCGUCUCCCGAGACCCCUCCAUGAAGGACUGCGCCACCACUGCACCUCCACCCACCCCUACACAGACCCCAUCCACCCCAGAGGCCCUGGAGGGCAUCAGCAAGCAAGUGGAGGCAGUAGACAAACGUCUGGGCCAGAACACGCCCGAGUACAGGGCGCUGUUUAAGGAGAUCUUCUCUCGUCUCCAGAAAACCAAGACAGACAUCAACUCCACCAAAGCAAGCAAGUCCAGUAAAUGAAUCUCCUCGCCUCCAUUCCUACACUAAGAAUAAAUGAAUAAAUGAAAGUCUCUCUUGAGUCUAUCCUUUGCUGUCAUUGGUCUGAGUGAGGGUUGACUUUUAGAGUUGCCUUCUCCUCACAUGGAUUGAUGUAGUCCAACCAGUUUUGAUCAAAGUGCAGUGAAGAAAACCAGAAAUAUGAAAAUGUAUCUGCUUGACUGCUAAGCCUUUCCCCAGCUGAUCAGAAUAAACUUCUGGAAGGUGAAUACCUUAUAAUUCUCAAAACUUUAGCUGGGCAACCCCACAUAAAAUGCUUUGCACAGGAAUCAAACCUCAUUUAAGAACCUCAUUAUGUACUGUAGGGCAAAGGUUAUUCUUGUAGGGUAAUUGCACUGUCUUCUAAUCCCUUUAUUUUAAUAGGCCCUUCUCAGCUCAUGCAAGUUCACAGACCUUGUGUUGUAUGUGCAUGGAGUUCUUGGUCUUGAAGAGCUGGUUGGAUUGAGAUAACAUCAAACCACUACUCCUUGAUACAAGGUUAUCAUAAUUAUUUUUGUACUCAUGAAAUUCUUUAAUUAAGUUCCACCUGUUGGUCUGGUCUUCAGGGGUUUUAAACCUACUGAUGUUGUUCCACCAUGUCUGUGUAAUUUUGGGAGGAAGAAGAGGGUGCUCAAUUUCAGUGCAAACAGUAGAGACAAUCCUACCUGUCCGAGAAAUACAAAGCAAUAAUUUGACAAGAACCAUCAAAACUGUGGAAGCAGGACUAUAUGCCUGCAUAUAUUACUACAUUUUUGGAGACAUUUCUCUUUAUGGUUUUGUGUUUUGGACAGUGAAUGUUCUCUAUCUUUUCUUUGCAUGCAUGAUGCAACACAAAACCCACCUUAUUUCUGUUUGUCUAAUGAAAAUACCCUGGACAAUCCUAUGGUUGGUGUAAUUCUUUUGAUGGCCUAAUAAUAAUGGCCGUGUAAAAUAGUUCCUGGUAAAGUUUUAGGCUGGACUUGACAAACAUGUAUUCAACUAUUUAAAUUUGUAGCAUCUUCAGAACCUAAUUUCUACCCACAAAGGUCAGCCAAUUUGUGUUUGUUAUCUGUAAAAUUUUGGUUUAUCCAUGCAUCAGUGUUAACCAUAUGAACAAAGCUGUUGUUAAACAGUCACAAUGGUUUCAUUAUUUGAAGCAUUGCUGAUGCUAAACUAAAGUUUAAAAUGAUAAUGAAUUAAGGUAUUACCAAAAUGUGGUACUAAUGGGAGCCUGGUAUGUUGACAUUGGGAGAGAUGUAUAAACCAACUUAAGGCUUAAUGUAAACAUAAAAGAUGGCUGAACAGCUGCUUUGCCUCUUUCUAUGCACCAUACAGAAGCUGCUGCUCAGUUCAGUCAGGAUAACCAAUUGCAAAACUCUGUAAUUCAUCAUAAUUGUGAUAAUAUUUGAAUAAGUUACUUGUCAGAGAAAUGGAUAGUCAGGUCAUUUUAUUGUGUUUUUGAAAUGAAAACAUGGUAAGAUCUGUUUCAUGAGAAAAGCUGAAUAUCUUAGCGCUUAAGCAGAUCUUAACUCUGCCUGCAUAACUAUACUCACCAUCUGCCAAUAAGAGUACAGACUUCAUGGUCAGUAACUGUAACACAGAAGCAGUACCAGAGUUAGUAUUGUGUCUGGUUUCUGAGAAGAAUAGUCAAAGCCAGGUCUACCUUCUCUCAGGGUUACUUAUAGAAUUGUAGAGGGAAGGAAACAUGAGGCAUGAGGGUUUGACAGAAAAUUAAUAGUAAAUUCAGGAAUGAACAUUCUGUUGGUUUGAGGAAAUAUUGCCAAAAAGGAGUCCAGUUGAGUCCCAGCCUUAAAGGCUGCGCUUGUUCUCUGUAGCCUCCUUGGGGUACUGUACUGAAAUUUCUCCUAUUGCACUUGAAGAUGCUUUCAGCUGUCUCAUUUAUUAUACAGUGUAUUUAUUAACUGAUGUAUUCUUUAUACUGAAUAUAUACUGACUAUCAGAAAUGCUUUUGCCACCUUUCGUCACUGCCAUUUGAACAAAUCUGAUUCAUGGAUAAUGUGACUGAAACGAAAUGCCAUCUUUGCAUUUUAACUGCUGCAUCAGUGUAUUUAGCGUAAUUCUCCCAUAUUUGUUUUUUUCUCAUGUUGUUUUAUUGUGUUCUGUUUUGCACAUUGCCUUUCUAAAUAUUGUGUGAACUUAGUUUUAGUAUUUGGAUUUGGAUGUGUGCUUUGUCCUAAGAUGAUUAACACAUUGUAUGAGAAGGCAUGUUCAUUUUGAAUUUUUUGUUCAGAUUUGUCCAAUUGUGUAAUUGUUACAUUUAUCACGCUUUAUGGUACCACACGGAACUCUGUCUCAUGCCUUCUGUUACAUUAAAACAUUGAAACCAA